AUAAUCGAAUACCUUGGGCGAAACGAUCGGGGCCGAAAGACACCGUAGCCAAUUUUUUUUUUUUGGAGAGACGGCAGCCCUAGUAGCCGUUCCGCUCAACAAGGGAGCUUCUUCGCCUCCUACAGCGACUCCAUUUGUCGGAUCGGAUCCAUCUCUUCUCUGCCGCCUCGUUUUUUUUCUGACCCCGCUGCGGUUAGAGGAGAAACGGAAGCUCGCUGGAUUUAGGUUAAAUCCUGCUACCAAAUAAGUAAAGUUAAAAUCUUAUACAUACGGGACUAAGGCCCGAGAUCGAAGCCGCACCGCCGGCCAGGUCGAUCUGUAAGAAGGCAUAGAGAGAGUGGGUGCAAUACGAAGAGCAGAAGAAUGGGGUGGAUUGGGGAAAGCUUGGAGUCCAUCCGCUCUAUACAUAUUCGCCAGGUCCUGACACAAGCCGUCAGCCUAGGCAUGAUAGUAACUUCUGCGCUGAUCAUAUGGAAGGGGCUUAUGUGUGUUACAGGUAGCGAGUCCCCUGUUGUUGUAGUUCUCUCUGGAAGCAUGGAACCUGGGUUCAAGAGGGGCGAUAUUCUGUUUCUGCACAUGAGCAAAGAACCAAUUCGUGCUGGAGAAAUUGUUGUGUUUAAUAUUGAUGGACGUGAGAUUCCAAUCGUUCAUCGUGUGAUCAAGGUUCACGAGAGGCAAGAUACUGGAGAAGUGGAUGUGCUCACGAAAGGUACCUAA